AGUUGCUUAUAGUAAUUCUAAAUGGGCAUAACGAGCAUACUUACGUAUAUAUGGACGCAAUCAUUCAUUCAGUUUCGAUUUGGAGCCCGUGCGGAACAUACGUAAUUGAGAAUCAGGUGCCGCCACCGCCGCAUCGCACAGCUCCUACGACGCAGUCAUCGUCAUCAUCGUAUCGCUAUCCAGACCAGCCAAAACAAAAACAUGUUAUUGUGUCCCUCUGAACGCCGGCAAUAGAAAGUGAAAUUUUACGUGACCUCGUAAGCACAAGUAAUAGUAAUGCAACGAAUUGCACAAAUAGUGCAGGGCACUGUGCGGAAGGUGGACUUCCGGGUGAAGUGUGUAGAUAGCCCUCGGAUGACCAGUUUCACCACCAUUCUGAGGACGAAUUCCGUUGGAGGAUAUGCGCAGCAAAAUGGUAUUAUCAGUAGAAGGGCCGUGUCAUCUCUCGCUAGUAAAAAUUACGUCGCACGUGAAAGGAUCUCGUCAAACCGCCGCACCAGCAGUACUAACAGUGCGACCGCGGCAAACGGCAACAGCAGCAGCAGUAGUGGUAACCAACAGGAAGAAACCCACAUCGCUUCUGGCUCGCCCCUGACGGACAAGUUCGGCCGAUUUCACAGUUAUCUGCGAAUAUCGCUCACGGAAAGGUGCAAUCUACGCUGCAAAUAUUGUAUGCCCGCAGAAGGGGUACAGCUCACGCCCAAAGACAAUCUGCUCUCGACAGACGAGGUGCUCCGGCUGGCAACUUUAUUCGUUCAGGAAGGUGUGCGAAAAAUCCGACUAACCGGCGGCGAGCCCACGGUGCGAAAAGACCUCACCGAAAUCAUCGAACGACUGAAGCGCAUUCCUGCGCUCGAAAGUGUUGGCAUUACGACGAACGGACUCAUGUUGACCCGGCAGCUAGUGGGCCUCCAGCGGGCCGGCCUCGAUACCCUAAACAUCAGUUUGGACACUCUGAAGGCGGCCCGGUACGAACAGAUCUCCCGGCGGAAAGGUUGGGAGCGCGUCGUGGCCGGAAUCGAUCUCGCCAUCCAGCUGGGCUACAAACCGAAAGUGAAUUGCGUUCUAAUGAAAGCCUCAUCACCAUUCACCUCAUCAGCUUCCCGCACUCACUUAUCCGCAAUGGGUGUGCGUAACUUUUCCUCUCUGACCCACGUGGACGAACGCACCGGCAAGGCAACGAUGGUCGACGUACACGACAAGCAUUCGACCAAGCGGGAAGCCAAGGCGCAGGCCACCAUUUAUGUGGGGCCCCUGAUCUCGUCGCUGAUCGAAAACAACGAUCUGAAGAAGGGCGAUGUGCUGUCGAUUGCCCAGAUGGCGGGAAUUGUCGCCGCCAAGAAGACAUCCGAUCUGGUUCCCCUGUGCCACAACAUACCUCUGUCCUCGAUCAAGGUGGAAGCGAGCCUGAAUGCUUGCACCCACGAGGUCAACAUUCUGACCAAGGUGAAGUGCGACGGCAAAACCGGGGUCGAAAUGGAAGCGUUAACGGCUGCCUCGAUCGCAGCGCUGACCGUGUACGACAUGUGCAAGUCCGUUUCGCAUGAAAUUUUGAUUAAGAAUAUUAUGCUGGUGGAAAAGACGGGCGGCAAGAGCGACUACUACAAGCUGGCCAACAAACCUCGGGUGGAAGUGAAGAACGACGACCCACCGAUCGUCGUGAAGCGUUACAAGACUGAUCCCAUCACAACCCGCGAGGAAUUCGUUCCAACCCACAUUUGAACCCAGUGUCCCUUUCUUUUCAAUUCUUACUACUUUUCAACUAUGUGCCUUUGAAUUGAAUUAUUCUCAUUUUUAUUUCGGCUAAGACUUGGUACACAGACAAAUAUUCGUAACAAUUAAUAACUAAUAAUUCGUAUCUAAUAAUCAUAACAAACAAAAACCAAGAGAAAGUAA